AUGGCACUGUCCACCACCCACUCCAGGCCGCUCAUGCUUACCACCAUCGUUGUCUGGGUCCUUCUCUGCCUCUUGUCGGUUACCGCCGCUCUGCCAACAGCCCCCAAUAUCAACACGCGGACGUGCACGAACUACCUCAUCAACCCGUCCUUCGAGUCUGGCGCCAUCGAACCGUGGCUUCCAAUCGUAGAAUCCGCCUGGUCGACCCGCGGUGUCUUCGCCAAUCCUUUCACGCACCAAGGCACGCACUAUUACUACGCGCACGCCACAUCCACCGUCGAAUCCACUCUUACAUUGUCUCAGUCUGGCCUUAAUGCGCCUGUCGGUGCCACAGUGGACUGUUAUGCGUGGGUCGCGGGUAAGAGGGGUGAGGGCGUUACGAGGAUCGAGGUUAUCUUGGAUGGCGUGAGCUGCGGAGCCAGCCAAUUCAAUGUUGGAGAGGACGGAUGGAAGAAAGUUGGCGGCAAGGUGAAGGUCAUUGGAGGUGUUCCGGAAACGGGUAGCACACUGGCGAUCGUUGUGACUAGCAAGAGUGCAGGGGAUGAGGGGUGGGAGGUCUGGGUUGAUGAUGUUGGGGUUGUGAGCUGCUGA